ACAAAAGCUGGUGUUGCCAGAUUGGACGUCCAACCUCGGAAGUAAGUUAGUUCUGUUUGGAUUAGACUGUAAGCAUGGUGUUUCGACGGUAGAUUUAAACCUAUUAAUCGUAUCGGUUCUGAAGGUUUCCGUUCGGUCUGGAUUAUAGACAAAUACAAUAUUAGUAAACACAAUCUGGCAACCUCGGUGCACGGAGGGUGAAGUAAAUAAGCGGAUGCCCAGAUCCAUACGGCUUCAUCUCACACACGCUGUAACCGGAGACGAAUUGGGCAAUGAGAGUGAAGCAGGGGGCCGAGGGAGGACUGCCGUGCACUACAGAGGAGGAGCUGCUCAAACAGCCCGCGAUAACACCGGAGGAUGUGCUCGGCCUGCAGAGAAUCACCGACAAUUACCUGUGUAGUCCAGAGGAUAAUGUCCACAAGAUCGAGUUCACCAGGUUCAAGAUCCGUGACAUGGAGUCUGGGACAGUUCUUUUUGAGAUCACUAAGCCUCCCACUCUGGAGAGCGCAGAGGACGGAAGGAAGGACCUUGACCCCAAUGCCGGGCGCUUUGUGCGCUACCAAUUCACUCCAGCUUUUCUGCGGCUGCGGCAAGUCGGAGCUACGGUGGAAUUCACAGUAGGAGACAUUCCCAUCAACAACUUCCGUAUGAUCGAGAGGCACUACUUCAGAGGCCGGCUGCUGAAAAGCUUCGACUUUGAGUUUGGUUUCUGUAUCCCCAGCAGCAAGAACACCUGCGAGCACAUCUAUGAAUUCCCUCCCCUGUCUGAAGAGCUCAUGAACGAGAUGAUCGAGCGCCCAUACGAGACGCAGUCAGACAGCUUCUACUUUGUGGACAACAAGCUGGUGAUGCACAAUAAAGCAGAUUACUCCUACAGCGGCGGCCCCUAGGUGCUCUAUCAGAAACAUGGACUGAAGCAUUAAGGCAGCCAAUCCAGCCUUGGAAUAUUUGUCUGGCAAAAAAAAAAAAAAAUCAUCCCAACCUCAGGAUAUUUGUGUGUGUGUGUGUGUGUGUGUGUGUGUGUGUGUGUGUGUGUGUGUGUGUGUGUGUGUGUGUGUGUUCAGAGUCAGAAAAGACAAUUCUACACUGAAACCUGGGUCCUACUGUACCCUAAUAUUGUGUUAAACCUAGAAUAGUUUAUUUUUGAUUGUUACCUGUUAAUGUAUCUCUGCAUGUAUGUGAGUGUAUAGUUGUGUAUGCAUUCAUGUGCAUUUAUUAAUAAUUAAGAUUGCAUGACAUGCUUUUCGUUUGUGCUCUGGUGUGUUUCGUAUAAUACUUAGAAUCUUUAUGUAGAGAUCAUUUUCUCAGUGUCUGCUCUAUACGUCCGUAGGUAAUAGGGAUGCACUGAUACCGUUGAUACUGAUCCCACCCCCCGUCCCCUGGGUUGGUCUGAACAAGCAUAAUGUCAGAAUGUGCCAUUUAGCUCUGGUGAUUUCCCUAAUUCAAAGAGAGCAAAUAUGAAUAACAGUGCAUGAUCUUCUGACUGGUAUAAAAAAAAUUAAGUAAUAAUUGGUGUCAGUACUGGUAUCCUUAAAAUAUAUAUUUUUAAGAUGACCUGCAUAACAUUCCAAAUAAUGUUUAAUAUUCAACCUUUUUAGAUAUUUUGUAAUCAAUGUGGAUGCAUAGGUAUGAGUGUCUGGACAUGAGCUCUAUGUGCAUAAACUGACUGAAGCAAAGUGGUUUAGCCCACUGCCCUUAAACCUUAUUAUUCUAAUUAUUAUUAUUAUUAUUAUUAUUAUUAUUAUUAAACAUGGUUGAUUUUGGUUGAUUGCAAAUUUAUUGAUGAUCUUUGUCUAAAGUAUUUUAUAGCACUAUAAAAAAAUCUGAUAUAUAGUUCUAUAUUACUUUGGGUAUUUUAUACAUCAUAGUGAUUGUUUAUUAUUGAUAUCAUUAUCAUUGUUUACUUUGUGUUCUUUAUUAAACACUCCAGACCACUGAGAAAUGAUGAUGAUCAAGAAAGAGCAUACAGACUGACUCUCAAUUUACAUUUUACUCUUAAAAUAAAUUUGCCUUGUGUUCUGGUUAACAGCUCACGCAUGAUAGAGAACAAUUUCUUUUAAAACAUUCAACUGUUUCCUAAUGAGGUAAAUCUUAAAGGCAUCUAUUUUAAAUUUAGAAAUAGAGCCUGCACAUCAUUUA